GCCUUAGAAAAUUGCAUAGCAAAAGAAACAUGCAUGGUCAAUGCCAUCAUAGACGAAUUGAAACGCCCAAUCAACAUUCACCGGUGGAGAGUUUUAGAAGCCAUCGAUCCAGACGCGUACAAUCUCGUCAAGAAAAUAAACAUUGUCACCCAAAGACUUGUCGAUCAUAAUGAGCACAUUCGUCUCCAAAACCUUCGCAUCGCCGACAAAGAGCACAUCUACGUGGACAUUCGCGGCGUGACGAAACACCUUCCAGGACAAGAAACGCGUGAAGAACGGCUCUACUACGAUGUCCUUUACAAAUCCAAACAGCGACAACUGGACAAUCUGAAACAUGAAAUGUAUGCAAACGAAGCUCAAACGGCCUAUUUUCGGGGUCAGGUGAGCAUCUUAAGUAAGAAAAUGGCCGCCCUGAAGAAGGCCUACUUUGACAAAAUGAGCAAAAAGAAUAAGAAGAAGGCCAUAGGAAGCAAUAAUAAAACUAGUCUUCUCGCCAUUACCUCUUCCGCCCUGCCGCAGCCAAGUGAGAGAUCAAGCACCACAGAAACUUACAAUGACCGUCAAGAAGGACCAAAUGACCAAUUAAUAUCAUAGCUCAUUUAAAACUUUGAUUACGACAUAACGCAUGUAAUAUUUAAGUAUUCAAUAGCAAACAAAGUAAAUCCUGGU